UUUUUCUCUGAUUACAGUCUUUGGGUUCAAAAAAAAAUAAUAAAGUUUGGGAGUUAUUUCAACAACAAAUUUUAAAAUUAAAAUUGAUUUGCGGUGCUAGCAGUCCUUUCAAAGAAAAGCAGUAUCUUAGCAACAUUACGUAUCCUGACAACCUGUGUAUAUCGAUCAAAUAAUAAACAAAUCCAGUGUAAAUUCAGUUCUAUAAAUAUUCAACUAGACGGCAUUCAGCUCCUUAAAACGGUCGAAAAUGUUUUGGGGAUUUUCAGAGAGUCUGGACUUGUAUGAAGAAUAUACCAAAACAAAUCAGGACGAGACAUCAGAGAUGAAUAUUCUACUAUUUGGAAGUGGUGACCCGCGCCACAUCAUCCACACCCUAGCGAAGUCCUACAGGCAUAAUACCAAAAUCAACUUCUAUGUCGUGGAUGGAUGCAUUGAGAUCACGGCGAGGUAUAUUUUAUUGAUAUGUUUAGCAUUGGAAAGCGAAGAUAUUUCCCUUAAAGCCAAAACUCAUCUAUUCAUGGACAUCUACGGGAACUCCUUGCUGAGACCUUCUUCAUACAAUUAUCUAGCGAGCAAAGCAAAUUUUCUUAUCGAUGUGAUAACCGAUUCGGACUAUCUUACGGAAAAGGCUCCCGUUUUUGAUAUCGAAGCUUUGAAAUAUCGUGAACGCGAUGGGUUGGAAGAAACCUUUAAAUUUUGGACACCGAAAGAAGGACACGUUUUCAAUAUUAAAGGAUAUUGGGAGACGAGGCUUCGUCAAAUGUUGGGGAGUAGGUACGACUAUCGUGAAGGUGCGUUUGAUUGGGAUUUGCAAAUGCGGCUCAAGGAUCGUGAAGCCAAACAGAUUUGUUGCCAGGAAUACCGGCAUUGGCGUGAGACAGGAGUAGCAUUUGUAUUUCCUGAAUAUGACCAAAGUAUGGCUAAUAAGAGUUUUGUCGCUGGAUUAGCCCGGCAGGGUAAAACAUACAAACAUCGAGGAUAUGUCGGCGAUAUUAGUGUGGGACCUUUUUGCGCUUUUGGCUUAUCAACCUCUGACACGAAAAUGACCAACAGCUUCCAUGGAAUUAACGACUUCCGGGCUACGGAUGUUACUGAAAGGAAUCUAAUUGAAUUAUUUUAUAAAAUUCAUAAAAGAUCUGAAUACAACCAUUCAGGAGACUACGAACGGAAGCUUGGAGCAGCUUUCUUUAAAAUACCCCCGCAUUUAAGUGAAGCGGGUGUCAAUCUUGUCGACUUGGAGAAGUUUGACAAACCUUUGAUCUCAACGCCUAAUAUUAAAAUUAGAUUUUUAUCUCAGGAAGAAAUACUUCAUAUUCACGAGAAUGGGAAGUUUGCUAACAUGUUCGACAUGGUCUUUGUAGGGAAUCACUACUUUCAAUUUCUGAGACCUCAAUUUAUAGAUGUUUGUCGAGAGAAAUGCUUACUCAUGUUCGAGACGCAAGCACGGUCGAUUUUGAAAAAGGAGGAGGUUAGUGAAUUUUUACAAAAGAUCAGGAAUUUUGCAAAGGACAAUAAGUUGAGAGAGGUUACCAAAUUUAAUUUAAAUGUUUACUAUUCGGUCGUGAAAUAUAAAUAUUGUAAAGAAGAUGCGAGUGAGUGAAAAUGAAUAAAAUAAAUAACAUUCUAGCCUUAUAAAGUGUUUGAUAUAUGAAGUUUGAAGGAUAUACGUUUAGGGUUGGCUGGUUAUAUUAGUUACAAGGCUAUC